AUGGAGGAGUGGGGCAAGACAUCUCAGGGUAUUCCCAUUCAGCGCAUUACAAUUCGUCCCACAUUAAGUGAGAAACUCGCCACGGGACCGGAAGCUGAAGUGUGGACAAAAGUCCGAGCGUUAAUCAUAACCUACGGUGCUGCGAUUCAACAAUUGUGGAUACCGGGUUUCACCGACAGUGGGGGCAAAAAAAAGAAUGGUCUAAGUGUUGCUGAUGUUGUGCUCGGGUACUCGGAUCUUACCGGUUACGAAAAGAACCCUUCCUACCAGGGCGUAAUCGUUGGCAGGGUCGCAGGUCGCGUGAGUAAUGGCAAAUUCACCUUGCCGAUUGAGCUAGACCCUUCAAUAUCGACCGUUUAUAAGCUGUCCAAAAACCAACAAAAGAAGCAUUGUCUACACGGAGGAAACACUGGACUGUCAUUCCGCGCCUGGCAGGUAGUGGAGCGCAAACAAGAUAGUGUGAGACUCAAGGUGACUUCGGUGGAUGGCGAGGACGGCUUUCCCGGCAACCUCACAGUCUACGUUACGUACCGUCUGAGUUUGGACGAGGAGACACACCAGCUUCACCUUGGCAUCGACUACUUCGCGAGUAUCACUGACGGAAUCUGCCCCAUAAACCUGACAAAUCACACGUACUUCAACCUGGCAGGUCACCGAGCUGGACCCGACGCCCUUGACCGCCAUUUUGUUUGCAUCAAAGCCGAUAAAAUGUGCGAAUUCGAUGGUGAGAACAUACCAACCGGUAGAUUACUCAAAGUUGGUCGUGUGGAUGGGACCGAUCUUAGACACAUGAUAUGUCUAAAGGAGGGACUUAGAAAGAUUCACCCUCCUCCCCAUCAAGGUUUCGACGAUUUCUACGUGUUCAGGGACCUACCCGAAGAGGACUCCAAGGUCACCGUAAAUGAGCCCAACUCCUGUCGUCGAAUAGACCUGUUCACCGAUCAACCAGGGGUGCAGUUCUACACGGGUAAUUAUCUGGACCCAAAAUCCGACCCGGUGGGCAAAGACACAUUUAGCUACCCACCACAUGCAGGAUUCUGCCUGGAGGCGCAAGGCUUUCCUGACGCAGUCAAUCGAUCGAACUUCCCUAAGCGGUUUGUCGCACCAUGUGGAAGAAGUUACACUCAAAAAACAAAGUACGUAUUUUCAGUGCAAAGGAACGAAAAUCACCACCAAUAG